AUGUCUUUCGAUCUCAGAAAGCCAAAUCGCAGGAUCCAUGCCGGAGUCAUUUUGACCAAGGGCAUCACGGAGAUGCUUGACGUAGCCCCUUUCGAGUUUUUUGCAUGGACAGACAAAGAAUCUCUCAGUUUCAUGCAAGUCUCCGACAAGAUGAAAGAGGAUGCACUCGACAUAGAGCUGCACUGGGUUACGGAAGAUGGGCAACCGGCUAAGAUGAAGAGCAGAGCUCAGAUCAUACCCACUGAUUCCUUCGAGACUUGUCCACCCCUGGACAUCGCCCUCAUGGGCGCGCACGACGCUACCUACAAGACCAGCCCCGCUGAGGUCGAAUUCAUUCGAAAGACCUUUGAUCACUGCAGCGCGUUCAUUACCAUCUGCGGCGGCGCCAUGCCUCUCCUAGAGGCAGGUGUACUUGCUGGAAAGACUGCCACCUGUCCGCGCCCGAUCUUUGAGCUGAUGAAGAAGAACGUGCCGGUCGUGAACUGGCUCGACAAGCGUUGGGUGCGAGAUGGAAAGUUGUGGACGUCCAACUCCUUGCUCAAUGGAACAGAUCUAAUUCGAGCUUUUGCCACGGAGACUUGGGGCGGGCGGAACGGGAUGGUCGAGGCGGUGCUCGACGGCGGUCACUUUCCUGACAGAGAUGUCGACUUCAAGGAUUUCAAGGGGGUUCAGCAUUCUAUUGAUAGUCUCCCAGCCUAA